AUGGCAUCCCUCCGCGCCGCCGCUAAGCAAAUUGACUGGUCCAAGUUGAGCAGCAGCCUUCCCCAGGAAACCGUCGUCUCGCUUCAGGCUUUCCGCAAGCGCAACGACGAGGCCAAGCGCCUUUUGAACGAAUUGAAGGAGCAAUCCACCACCGUCGAUUUCGCUCAUUACCGCAAGGUGCUCAAGAACCAGGGCAUUGUUGACCAGGCCGAGAAGGCCGUCCAAGGUUUCAAGCCUGUUGCCUACAACUUGGACGCCCAGCUCAAGGCCAUUGACCAAUUCGAGUCUAAGGCUGUCGAGCGUGCCACCACCACUGUCCAGAAGAUCGAUGCCGAGCUUAAGGAUCUCCAGGCCACCCUCGGCAACAUUGAGGGUUCGCGACCUAUCGAACAGUUGACUGUUGACGAUAUCAUCAUCGCCAAGCCCGAGAUCACCAAGGACAUCGAGGCCAAGCUCCAGAAGGGCCAGUACUCCGUCCCCGGCUACAAGGAACGCUUCGGCGACAUGUCGUACUUCUAA